AUGUCUUCUUUCUCAGCAUCAUCGGUAUCCAAACGAGGAUCAAUUGUGCCGCCACUGGCAGAGGACCCCGCGUUUGUAGACUCUUGCGACGUGCUCAUCUGUGGCACGGGCAUCGUCGAGUCAAUUCUUGCGGCCGCCCUCGCAUGGCAGGGCUCCAACGUGGCUCAUCUGGACCGCAACUCCAUCUACGGUGACUCGUCGGCAGUACUCAAUCUCGAUGAGCUCCCUAGAUGGGUGGACGAGGUCAAUUACGAGUCCGCCGUCUUCUCCAACGCCAAGUUGUACCAGCCCCGACCCCUGGACUCCAAAAAGUACUUUGUGGACCUGACCCCACGGGUGCUGUUUGCCAAGUCGGACAUGCUGCAACUGCUGCUCAAGAGCCGGGUCUACAAGUAUCUGGAGUUCCGGUCACUCACCAACUUCCACACGUACGAAAACGACAGCUUCGAAAAGGUGCCGGCGUCCAAACAGGACAUCUUCACGUCCCAGCAAAUGUCGCCCGUCGUUAAGCGUCAGCUCAUGAAGUUCAUCAAGUUCACCGUCGAGUGGGAACGUCUCUACAACGUCUGGGGACCCUACCGAGACAAGCCCGUUGUCGAGUUCAUGACCAAGGAGUUCCAGCUGGAACAGACCCAAAUCGAUGAGCUGGUCCAGUCCAUUGGCCUGUGUUCUUCCAACGAUGUCGCCACCCCCGUCGCCCUCCACCGUAUCAAGCGGUACCUGGUCUCCCUCGAGACCUACGGCGCGUUUCCCGUGGUUUACUCCAUGUACGGAUCUGCCUCCGAGCUGUCGCAGGGAUUCUGUCGAUCAGCCGCUGUCGGCGGAGCCGUAUACAAGCUCAACGCAACCCUCACCGGGCUCGACGUGGACUCCAAGACGGCUAUCUUCAACGAUGGCUCCAAGGUGCGAUGGUCCGAGAAGCUGGUGGUGUCCGAGGCCCAGAUCACCGAGCAGGUGCGCUCCAAGAUCCCUUCGUCCAACCCUGAGUACCAGAUCAACCAUCUUACGGUAAUUGUCAACAUGGACUGCAAGGAGUGGUUCGCCGAGGGCGAGGACGCGGCCAUCAUCGUGUUCCCCGUGGGCUCUCUGUCGUCCGGCAACACUAAGACUGUGCAGGCCAUCUGCUACGGUGCCGAGUCUGGCCAGGUUCCUCCUGGUCAAUGUAUCUGGUACCUCUCCACUGUCCAGGGAGGAGCCACAGGCCAGCGGGACCUAGAGGAGGCACUGUCCAAGAUGGAGGCAUCGAUUCUGCGGGAGUCGACCGAGGACUUUGAGUUCCAGGUGGACCAGUCGGAUGUUAUUUUCACGCCGUCCGGCGACCCCGUGCUAUCGUCCGUGAAGCUCGGCAAGUCCAUGAAGGAUUUUGUACCCGAGAAGAAGCUGACGUAUCUGAUCAAGCUGUCGUACAACCAGAAGACGUCGAUUCCGCCGCUGGAGGAGAGCAUCAAGGAUGUUGCUAAGAACGAUGGAGACGAGAGUCCUGUGAUUGUGACCUCAGGUGCACCAACGGAAAUCACCUAUGACGGCAUUGUGGAGCAGGUCAAGAAGAUCUACGCGCAGAUCGUGGGUUCAGACGACGACUUUUUUGACGUUGACUUUGAAGACGACGAGGAGGACGAGCUGACGGGAAUGGCCAAGCAGAAUAAGAAGCAGGAGGACGACGAUCACGUGCCCGACUUUGGCGAUGACAUGGAGCUGUAA